AUGGCGCGCACAAUUCUCAAUAUCCUAGUCGUUCUUGUCGCCAUUUUGGGGGGUUUCUACCAACUCUACCUUAGACCUACCCUCGUCAAGUUCGGUCUAGGGCGUGUCGUCGAGAAUAUCGGCAAUAAAGAUGCCUGCAUUACCGUGCCAGAGCUAUCAGCUUGCGAGAAAAUGGUUCUUUACCAACCAACGGGGCUCAUGUACUUGGCAUGCUCUACUCCACAAAGUCGCGUCCACUGGACUCCCACUAUGGGGCGCCUGAAUGCGACCGGCGCAUCUCGUACCGAUUACGUCGCGACUUAUGAUCCUAAAACAUCGCGCAUCACCCGUCUGAACGUCGCCAACUUUGCGACCCAAUCGCGCGGCCUCUCGCUACACGGAAUGGAUGUCGUUUCAUCAUCCUCGAACCCUAAUGAUCUUUUCAUCUAUUUGGUCAACCACCGUGCUCCGCUUGGCAAUCUUCUCGCAUCUAAAGUCGGCGCAGAUUCUGUCAUUGAGCUUUUUAAGACUACCGUUGGUGGUUCUAUGAUGACCCACAUUAAGACCUUCCAAGAUGAAUCCGUCAUCAUCACACCCAAUGACAUCGUCGGCUCUCCUGAUGGAAAGAGCUUCUACUUCACGAACGAUCACGGUGCUAGAGUCGGUUUGACAAGAGAUCUCGAAAUGUUGGGCUAUGCGGUUACAUCCGUGGGCUAUUGUCACAUUGAUGAAGGAUGCAAGUUCGCAAUCAAGAACAUGCACGGCAAUAAUGGCAUCGCGCAGGCCCCUAACGGAACCUUUUAUGUUGCUAACGCUGUUUGGGGUGGUCUGACAAUUCUUGAGCCGCAAGCCGAUAAAUCACUCGUAAUUACAGACUACGUGAAAACCGAUCGUGGAAUGGACAACCUAUCCGUUGACUCGGCGGGACAUGUCUGGGCAGCGGGCUUUCCCAACGCGCUCAUCCUCGCUCUCCAACACUUCUCAGAUCCCACAAUCCCCUGUCCAUCCAACGCGCUUCGUUUCUCCAUAAACACCGGCCCAAACGCGUUCUACGGUGAAAAAUAUAAAAUGGACAAGGUCUUCGAAGACGAUGGGACCUUUGCCUCGGGCAUCACUACCGUUGUACACGACGCGGAAAGGAAGCUGCUCUUUCUGGAUGGCGUUACCGCUCCAUCGUUAUUCGUAUGCAAGCUCUAA